UACGUGGAAAAUGUUUGCCCUGCCAGAGCAGAAAUAUGAUUUAUCAGGAAUAAAAAACCAAAAAAUCUAAAAUUGGCACAUUUAACCAAAUGAUUAGUUCAAUCCUUUCGUUGUGCUUCCCUUUCAACCACGAUUAUGACUCCAUAUGAAGGCGGCUAGAGAAAUCGAUGAGUUUUGGCCAAAGUUAAUUAAUUACAAGCAACAAGUGCUCUUCGUGGGUUGUAUUCCCAACUGAUUUUAUCUUUGGUAAUCGAAAUGACAGGCUCUAAUAAAUAAUACCUUUAUGUGUAGCCUGAUUGAAGCCCAGUUGCUUGGCGGAAAGUUAGUGAACAGGGUCAUGACUUCUCUAAGGAGAACUAUACAACGUAGCCUGGGCUACUUUUGUGCCCUUAAUGGAAUCCUGGACUUCAAUGCGGAUAUUGGGACACGAAAUUUGCGCAGAUACCGCGUCCUUUUCAUGUACCGUCUAUUGCACAACUGCGCGGUUAUCAGCCUGACGUUAAAGUUUCUGUUGGAUUUCGCGGACCAUUUUAAAUAUAUCGAAAGAUCCACGUUGAUGACUAUUAACUUUUUCACAUAUUUUACUUUGGUCUUCUUUGCGGUGCUUAGCUCCAUGGGAUCGUGCUACCAAUGGCAAAAUAGAAUCCUUGCAGUUCUGAAGGAGCUGAAACAUCAAAGGGAUCUGAGCAGGCACAUGGGAUACAGGGUGCCAAGGAGUAAACUGAAUUCCAUUGACUACUUGUUGAUUGGACUCAUCGUUCUUCUGAUCCUUCGUCUCAGCAUCCAUUUGGCCACGUUUACGCUCAGCGCCAGGAUGGGGUUCAAUCAUCCCUGCAGCUGCUUCCUGCCGGAGUGCAUGAUCUUUGCCAUGAACUACCUGCUGUUCGCCAUUCUAGCUGAAAUAACCCGGUGUUGGUGGCGUUUGCAGUCGGGACUGAAGAUGGUACUCCUGGAUCCGCAUUUAUCAACUGUCGCCUCCAAGUUAUGGGAGAUUAAAAGGCUGCACACCAGAUUCCAGCGCCUAAUUGACUUAACCUCAGAAGUGUGUUCCAUCUUCAGGUAUGUCACUCUUGCCUACAUGGCUCGCAAUCUUUGGAGUGGCAUUGUGGCGGGAUAUCUUUUGGUACGCUUCGUUAUCGGUAAUGGAUUGCUGGACGUUGAGCUUGUGUACCUGGUUUUCUCGUUCAUCACCUGCAUUCAACCUUUGAUGCUCUCGCUCCUGGUGAAUAGCAUGACCAGCACGACAGGAUCAUUAGUGGAGGUGACCAGGGAUAUUUUGAAAAUACCCCACAAGAAAAGCGCGAAGGUGGAACGAAGUAUCGAAUGGCUGUCGCUGCAAUUGACUUGGCAGCACACGCACGUCUCUAUCUUUGGCAUAUUUCGCAUAAAUCGCUCUUUAGCUUUCCGGAGUGCAUCAUUUAUCCUGGUGCACGUGCUCUACAUGGUGCAGUCCGACUAUAUUUCGAUAACCAAGUGA